AUGGAGACCAUGACCUCUGGCACUGCCUCCGAUUGGAUCGUCACCCGCGGUAUUUCCCACCUGAUUGCAGCUGGAGCAAACCAUGCUGCCGUUGCCGUUGCUCUCUCCUGGCCAUGGAUGAAAGCCCGCGCAGACGACUCGCUUGGUGGCCUCCUCCAUGAUCUGCGUUGUGUUGUGCGCCUCGGAUGUGAAGGAGCCAAAGACGUUGACGAGGUCGAGCGUGCGCUUCGCAAUUUUGAAACCGAGCUCGUUGCGCGACUUGCCUAUAACAACGCGUCCAACGCCGUGAAGGACCUGGUUGCUGCUGUGAGCAAAGAUGCCUCGUCUAAGGCUUUCAUUCCAUCGAGAGCCGUGGACCCUGUCGCGCAUCGUGGUGCUGAGCGCUUUCGCUUUGAUGGCAAGUAUGCCAAUGUCAUCAACAUCGGUGGCUCGCUGGUUGCUGGUGGAUGUGGGAAGAAUGUGGACGUACUUGACGUGCUAACUGGUGAACGCGUGGAGGUGCUGGAGGGCCACACCGGCGAUGUGGAGGGUGUGAUUGCGCUGCCGAGUGCGGAUGCCCAGCUCCCUGUCCUGGUCUCGUGGUCGGAGGACAACACGAUCCGGGUGUGGCAUGCUGCGGACGACGGGAUGGGCGCCAUGCGGUACACCGCGGACAGUGUCUCCUGUGAGGUGCUGGAGGGCCACACCAGCGAUGUCCAGGGUGUGAUUGCGCUGCCGAGUGCGGAUGGCCAGCUCCCUGUCCUGGUCUCGUGGUCGUGGGACAGGACGAUCCGGGUGUGGCAUGCUGCGGACGACGGGACGGGCGCGAUGCGGUACACCGCGGCCAGUCCCUCCUGUGAGGUGCUGGAGGACCACACCUACAGUGUGCAUGGUGUGAUUGCGCUGCCGAGUGCGGAUGGCCAGCAGCCUGUCCUGGUCUCGUGGUCGUGGGACAGGCCGAUCCGGGUGCUGGAGGGCCACACCGACGGUGUGCAGGGUGUGAUUGCGCUGCCGAGUGCGGAUGGCCAGCUGCCGGUCCUGGUCUCGUGGUCGGAGGAAGACACGAUCCGGGUGUGGCAUGCUGCGGACGGCGGGACGGGCGCCAUGCGGUACACCGCGGACAGUGCCUCCUGCGAGGUGCUGAAGGGCCACACCAGCCUUGUGCGGGGUGUGAUUGCGCUGCCGAUGCGGAUGGCCCAGCUGCCUGUCCUGAUCUCGUGGUCAGACGACAAGACGAUCCGGGUGUGGCAUGUUGCGGACGACGGGACGGGCGCCAUGCGGUACACCGUGGACAGUGCCUCCUGUGAGGUGCUGAAGGGCCACACCAACGAUGUGCGGGGUGUGAUUGCGCUGCCGAGUGCGGAUGGCCAGCUGCCUGUCCUGGUCUCGUGGUCGUGGGACGACACGAUCAGGGUGUGGCAUGCUGCGGACGACGGGACGGGCGCCAUGCGGUACACCGUGGACAGUGCCUCCUGUGAGGUGCUGGAGGGCCACACCAAGUAUGUGAAGGGUGUGAUUGCGCUGACAUGUGCGGAUGGCCAGCUGCCCGUCCUGGUCUCGUGGUCGUGGGACAACACGAUCCGGGUGUGGCAUGCUGCGGACGACGGGACGGGCGCCAUGCGGUACACCGCGGAAAGUGCCUCCUGCGAGGUGCUGAAGGGCCACACCAGCCUUGUGCGGGGUGUGAUUGCGCUGCCGAGUGCGGAUGGCCAGCUGCCUAUCCUGGUCUCGUGGUCGAGAGACAGGACGAUCCGGGUGUGGCAUGCUGCGGACGACGGGACAGGCGCCAUGCGGUACACCGCGGACGGUGCCUCCUGUGAGGUGCUGGAGGGCCACACUGACGGUGUGCUGGGUGUGAUUGCGCUGCCGAGUGCGGAUGGCCAGCUGCCUGUCCUGAUCUCGUGGUCAGACGACAAGACGAUCCGGGUGUGGCAUGUUGCGGACGACGGGACGGGCGCCAUGCGGUACACCGCGGACAGGACCUUCUGUGAGGUGCUGGAGGGACACAUCAGCCGUGUGCUGGGUGUGAUUGCGCUGCCGAGUGCGGAUGGCCAGCUGCCGGUCCUGGUCUCGUGGUCGGAAGACAAGACGAUCCGGGUGUGGCAUCCUGUGGACGACGGGACGGGCGCCAUGCGGUACACCGCAGACAGUGCCUCCUGUGAGGUGCUGGAGGGCCACACCAACCAUGCGGAGGGUGUGAUUGCGCUGCCGAGUGCGGAUGGCCAGCUGCCCGUCCUGGUCUCCCGCCCAUACUCCGGCGAGACGUUCGAAGGUCGCGGACUCGUCGUCAACCUCAUCCGGCCGCUCGCCAUCGAUGAAGGUCUCGUCGAUGCCGCCGCUGACAGCAACGCUGCCGGCGUUCACAGCAAGGCCGUUGUUGGAGCAUCCGGUCCACUGAUCGGCCGGCAGAACCACAGUCGCGAGGGCUGA